UGAUAUUUCGCUGAACUAUGUUUUGGCAUAGACCGAAUUUCUAUCGUCUUUUCGUAACGUGUGAUUUUUGACGAGUGGAAUUCGAACUAAUACUAGUUUUAAAGCGUUAAAAAGAUCGUUAUUUUAAAUAUUUUGCGCAUGUAAAGUUUAUGGAUAUUGUACAUUUUUUAUGUGCAUUGUCAAUUAGCGAAAUGAGAUGAUAUUGAUUUGCGUUAAGUUUAACUUAAUAUUAUUAAGAAACACGUUGUCGUCAAAUGUAAUUGGCGCUCUGCGAUAGACUGGAUACGUAGGAAAGGUCGGUAUCGUGAUUACGACUUUACCAACUAAGGUCUAAUAAUUUGUUUUCAUUCGAGCGUCUUGAAAUGCAUUUUUAAAUAGUAGAAUUUAGAUUAUACGAGGAAAAGAGACUAUGAAUAUUUAAAGAUCGCGAGUUUACUUUUAUGGAUAUUUUAUCGUAUGCUGUUAUCUGACGGCCAGAAGUCGAAAUAUAAUAUAAAGAAAGGUGCUCAAUAGAUAUCUUAUCGUGCAUCGGUAAUCCAUUUAUUUGUGAUGUUAUUAGAUGGUCGUUGAAAUUUUUUAAAUAUUCUUUUAAGAUAUUAUAACAUAAAAUAAGAUAAAAUAUGACGUAUGUAUAAUAUUGUAUGUAUAAAGACAAGGAAAAACGCGGAGGGUUUAGCUGGAUCUAAAUGUUAUAAAAAAUAUACGUUGUCAUUUAAAAGUCUCAAAAACCGGUUGGUCUUCGGCAGAACUGGAAGUCUGAGUGCAUCUACUUAUCUUUUCUAAUCAUCUCUUUGGCAAGUAUUUAUUAUUAGUUCAACGGCUAGUCUGUCGCAAUCAAGAAUCAUCUCGCGUCGAUCAACAAUUUACCAUAGCAAAUUAGUCGAGUGCCGCAUCGGACCGAGUGCGAAUCGCUCGUACGGAACAAACGUGUGGUCAGAUGUCCGUCUUAAUUCUACGCAAAUAUAAACAAACAACAGACGAGCAAGUCACAAUAAUCAAAAAAGGUGGCUGAUAUUGGAGAAUAUAAGGAAGCUUUGGCACCAAGUGGAGUGGAACAAAUACAAGAAAAUGUUCGCAAAUGAAAUAUGUGAAUCAUUUCAACAAUCGACAAGAAGCUUUCAGAGAACUAAAAAUAUUAAGUUAGAAGACUGUUACAUGUGUGCAUUGCUCGUAGUGAGUGUUGCAUGCAAUGUAGCAGUACUAUACGUCAUUUAUCAUUUAUAUCGCCAUAUUUAUUAUGAAACGGAUUUGGAAUUGGAAAUUACAUGUGGAGAACUCUCAGACAUGUACUUUUGUUACGGUGCAGCAAGCUGCAAUAGCACUAAAGCGCAAUGUUUAUAUGACGCAAAAUAUUCUAAUAGGAUUAUACCCAGCACAAAGAUAUUUUGCAAAAUAGUACAACGAUCGCGGGAUACAGGUACAUUAAAACCUGUGAAAUCUGGCAGCGGAAUUCAGCACGACGAUCCGGAUCUGGAAGACAGGAUACUGUAUUCAAGAAAAUUUCAGAUUAACUACGAAGAUUGUUGCUGCUGAAAAAUGUGGCAGUAAUAGCAUUGUAUAUUGAAGGAAAAAUAUCUGCAUACAUAGCUUUCGAAAAGUUCAGUAAUUAAAAAUAGAAAAUUUUCUCAGAUGAAAAAAUUUUUGCAAAGGGAUCUCGCCACUUGUUCCACGUUUUGUUCACGGACACCAGACCCUUUCCUUUUUAAAAUCGAGAAGGUUUGGAAUUGUUUAGAUUGCUUAAAAUAAAAAAAGUAACUUAUUUAUACUAUUAUUACAUUCAUUAUAAAAAUAAACGAAAUUGUGUGCUUAUUUUUUAAAUAAGUUUUUUGUUAACAGUAGAGUAUCGGAGACGAGACUCGAUGAUAGUACAACAUUGACCACAAAACGCUUUUAUUCCUAGUGUCCAUUUUUUUGGCAGAAUGUCAUCCAUAAGUAUUAGCGAUAUCCCUAUUUAUCUCUGUUAGAAACGCUUUGAACUGGCUUAGCCGUGUUGCCAACUGAAGGACUUGGGAAAGUGAAACAGCCGAACAUGGCGGUCGCAACGAAUUCUUUCGAUACUUGGCUCAGCAAGAAAUUACAAGCUCUAAAUACUGAUGAAGGUGUAUUUGGAUCAUACAUCAAAGGAAUUUUAGAAGGUGAUGAGACGGAGGAUGAGAAGACCGAAGCCCUUGAAGUCAUACUCGCGGGCAUAACGGACGAUAACAUUAGCAAACUUGUGACUGAAAUUUUAAAAGCUUGGGCUGAGUAUCUACCUGUUGAAGAAGUUAGUGCUCCAAAAGUACCAGUAGAAGAUGUGGAUGUCAGAUUAGCAAGAAUGUUGGAAUCUCAGUCUCUUCCAACUACGACACAAAGAAGUUACACAGAAGAGGAGAGGAGAAUAAGAGAAGCUAUUCUUGCACAGUACAGUCAAAUGUCAGAAGAAGAGAACAGCGAAGGAGAUGGAGAAGAGGAUGGUGCAAGUGGUGGAGACUGUGGAAUCGAAAAGAAUACAAAUACAGCUGCUAUAAUUCAACAGGAGAGAGAAAAGAGGGAAAAAGCUAAGUUGGAGAGUCAGAGGAAAAAAGAGAAAGACAAAGAAGAUCGAGAGAAACAGAAACAGUUAAGAGAAGAGAAGAAGGAGAAACGAAAAACACAAAAAGGAGAACGGAGAAGGUAGCAUUGGGACAAGAGGAUAUUAAGUUAUACUUCCAAAUAUGAAAUAAUCAAAUGCAAAUCGGCGUACAUAAAUAUCUAUGUUUAUUCUUGUGCAUGCAAUGUUCUUCAACAAUUACUUAAAUUAUUUAGUAAUUUUUUGCUAGAAAUUUGUGUGUGUAGAAUGCAUAUCCUAAAUGAACACGAUAUGAGACAAGCAUCAAAAUAUACGCGUUUUGCAAAAAAUGUUAAUUCUAUGUAAUAAUGUUAACUAUAUCAUAUGUAUAUGUAUGUAAAACAUUGCAUCCUGUGCCUUCUGUCUGUUGAAAAUUUCUGUAAAAUGACGUAAUUUUCUUUAAAAUGAUUUUGUACUCAUUCUUUUUUAUUUUCUUUUGUAAAAUUCGAACUGAUCGUAUUCUCUAUCAUUUGUAUUCAUAUCGCUUUAAGUCAAUUUGAAACAUCGACGUGGAACUGCAUUAUAAUCAAUGUAAAACAGUGAUAAUCCGAAUACAGAUAAAUGAUUUGUACUUAUUAUGCUUAGUAGUGUAUAUAUAUAUAUGUUCCUUUUUCUCAUUAUAUAAAUUAUGUAUUUAAGACUAGUGCAUUAAAUAAACCACUUAAACAUUCAUUCAAACUA